AUGUAUAUUGUAAGAAUAGCUCUUUUCCCAUCGAAAGUUGUUCAAGAGUACAAAUUUGUGCUUGAUGAGGUGUGUCCAGAAAAACCUGGAGAAGAUGCUACGGAUGAUGAACAUAAAGCUUACCAAAAAUGGGUUAAAGCUGAUGAGAUGGCGCGGUGUUACAUUCUGGCAUCUAUGUCGAAUGUUCUGCAACAUCAACAUCAGUCUAUGGAGUCUGCUUAUGACAUUCUAGAAAAUCUCAAAGAGAUGUUUGGAGAUCAGAAUCGUGCGGCUAAGCAGACUGCCAUGAAAGCUCUUCUGAAUACCAAAAUGGUUAAAGGUUCAUCUGUUAGGGAUCAUGUUCUAAAGAUGAUGAGUCUUCUGAAUGGACUGGAGGUCCUUGGAGCUAACAUUAAUAAAGAUACGAAGGUUGAGAUGAUACUGCAGACUCUGCCUGACAGUUUUCAGUAG